AUGGCUUUCAACAAGAAAUACGCCGGUCUUCCAGACUUGGACCCCGCUCCAGAUAUCUACGAAACCCCUGACCUGACCGACGAAGCUUCCACCGUCCCUACUGCAACAGUUCGCACAGACUCCGACCAUGACGAGCCCGGCUCCAGUGCCGAUAUCGAUCGCGACGGCGUCGACGCGGAGAGCGCGCGUAGGACAUUUAUGGGUGCCGCAGUUGAUGCCCGCGACGUGAACUUCUCAGACAGCAUCUCAAUGAAGCGCCAAGCAUACCGAAGCAAGAGCAAAAGUCGUCGUCGACGGAAACGUGACGAUGGUACCGAAGAGGUUGGGGACCUCAGCGAUAGCGAGGAAGAAUCGGUCGAGCGACGGCUGGCACGCUUGCGGCGCGAAGUUGAGGACCUGAAAGUGGAAAUGGCCAACCAGUCGGCUGCAGAAGGCAAGGAGGUCACCGAGAGCGAUGCAGGUCAGACAGCCCAGAAGCCGGUUGACAAGGAAUUGGGUGAUGGCGUGGCAGAGUUGAGCCGGGCGCUGGAUAACCUGCAUGCUUCGUCGCGGAACGCUCAGGGCACGCCCUACUCGGCGGCAGCGAUUUUGUCGCAAAAGAUUGGCUCUGGGGCUGGACCUGCUGCGCCGGGCACCAACUCACAGAAACAACAGACUCCAACCGAGGGUUCGACCUAUACGGCUCCUGCUGUACCAGCCCAAGCAGCUACCUCUUCAGCUGGCAUUCUUUCCCAUGCGGCAAUCUUUGAGGGGCGCUUGGCACUGCUUGAAUCUUCAAUGGGAAUCUCAAGCUCAUCGAACCCUUUCGUAGGUGAUGGCAUCAACGAGCCCGCACUGCAACCUGUGCUCCCUGCUCUAGAUCAACUCACGUCCAGACUAGCAGCGCUCACUGGUUUGCUGGUGGGUGGAAGUCCAGCAUCCGGAGGCGCUGCAUUGCCAGGCCUGACCACCCCACACCUCGAAGCACUGUCCACCAGAGUCCGCAAGUUGACCACAGACGCCGAGGCCCUUGCCUCUGCUCGCAAACGUGCAGCUGACGCAGCUAAGGCUUCUCAGGGUGCACGUGCUUCGGGUUCGGAGGAUGGUGUUCCUACACAAGACGGCUCCGACUUGGUGGAUAAUGAACAAACGGCGAAAAUACAAGCGCUCUACGCGACACUUCCCACUAUUCAAUCGCUUCACCCAUUAUUGCCCUCUGUCCUGGAACGCCUGCGCUCUUUGCGCGCUUGUCAUGCCGGCGCGGCCCACGCUGCUGACUCUCUGAACGAGCUGGAGAAACGUCAGGCUGAAAUGACAUCUGAGAUUGAACAGUGGCGUGAAGGCCUCGCUGCUGUUGAAGAGAAGAUGAAUCAGGGUGAAGCAGCUCUGCGGUCGAAUGUUGAAACUGUUGAGCCCUGGGUUCGCGAAUUGGAGUCUCGCAUGGCCCGCCUGGAUGGUCCUCCGGGUGGGUUGUAG